AUGAAUCCACACCAGCAGAACAAGGUGGACAUCAACAAAAUGUCCCCGGACGAGGCCCGCCUCUUCCGCCUCUAUGGCAAGCUCCCCAAUAAGAAGGACUUGCUCCAGAACAAGCUCAAGGAGCGCAAGUACUUCGAUAGCGGCGACUACGCUCUCUCCAAAGCCGGCAAGGCAUCAGAUGUCGGCGUCACUCAAGUCGGCCGCGAGCACCCCAACCCCGAUAAAAUCCCUCAUAUCGCUCCACCCACGCCAACCGGACAGGUUGUACAGAAUGGUAAUAGCCAAGAGGUGGCAGGAAGCCCGGUCAAGGAGAGCACUUUUCUACAUCGCGAGACGAGCUUGAACCGCGAGACCUCGGCGUCAGACUUUGAGAACGAGGGGCUGCAGCUAGGGUCACAGGAGGGCCCUGCAAAGGUAUAG